GUCAUGCACACACUCUUUCAAAUAUAUAAAAAUAGAUUCAGUCACAUAUUGCUAGCAUAAUAUGUUGAUUGUGUCAGCCACGCGUUACCUAUCUCAACCUAUAAAUUGUUGCAGUAAAAUGUAUCCUGCACCAAUUCUUCAAUUUCAAUUCCUCUCUCUACUCUCAACUACUUAUACUCCUUUUAUUUCAAUAUGGCAGCUUCAGCUUCUCAACAUUUAAACAAAACUGGUGCUUUAGUGUUGAUGCUGUUUCUCAUGAGCACAACAUGCCAAGCACAGCUUUCUUAAACCUUCUAUCAGAAUACAUGUCCUAAUGCACUCAGUACCAUUAGAACAUCAAUAAGAUCUGCAAUUGCGAGAGAACGUCGAAUGGCGGCAUCGCUCAUUCGUCUCCAUUUCCAUGAUUGUUUCGUUCAGGGAUGUGAUGCAUCGAUCUUACUCGAUGAAACAUCAUCAAUCCAAAGUGAAAAGACUGCAGGUCCUAAUGAUAAAUCUGUUAGAGGCUAUGAAGUCAUAGACAAUGCCAAGGCUGAAGUAGAGAAAGUAUGUCCUGGCAUUGUAUCUUGUGCUGACAUUAUCGCAGUGGCUGUGAGAGAUGCAUCUGAAUAUGUGGGUGGUCCAUCUUGGACUGUGAAGCUUGGAAGACGGGACUCGACCACUGCAAGCAGAUCUCUAGCUGAAAGUGGACAGCUUCCUAGUUUUCUAGACGGUGUUGAUCGACUUAUAUCUGUUUUCCAAAACAAAGGCCUUAGUGCAAGAGACAUGGUUGCACUGUCAGGUUCCCACACAAUCGGACAAGCUCAAUGCUUCACAUUUCGCCAGAGGAUAUACGAUAACACAAGUGACAUCGAUGCUGGAUUUGCUAGCACUCGCAAGCGCGGCUGUCCAAGUAGUGGCAGCGACAGGAAUUUGGCACCGCUCGAUUUGGUGACUCCUGAUUCUUUCGACAACAAUUAUUUCAAGAAUUUACAACAAAAGAAGGGGCUUCUUCAUUCGGAUCAAGUUCUCUUUAGUGGCGGAUCCACGGACAGCAUUGUCAAUGAUUAUAGCAGGAACCCCAGCACUUUCAAGAAUGAUUUUGCAUCGGCCAUGAUCAAAAUGGGAGACAUUGAUGUUCUUACGGGUUCCGCUGGCCAGAUAAGAAGGAUUUGCAGCGCAGUCAACUAGUACUCGCAGUACUCUUCAUUUGUCAUCAUUUUGUCAUCCUUUUUUUCUUUUUUGAUUACAUCGGAUGUACUACUCAAUCAAAUUGUAUACCCAUUCGUAUUGGAAAAUUUG